CUAGAACUCUUGGCAUUCAAUGAAAAAGACGAGGCGGAUCUUUCGAAGUACAGCCAUAUAAUAUAUGGAGGAGUUGCCAACGGGGAGCAGUGUGCAGACUGGCGCCACACCGAGCGAGCGCGAGCAGCUGUUUUGGCUGCUUUGAAGGCGGAGGCAGCA